GGAUACCUCUGCUCUCAUGGCGAAGAUUUCCCAGCACACAAAAACCCAACACCAAUACGAGGAGAGAGGGUCCGUAACCGUUUUGUCUCAAGCAAUUCUGGUUCAAGCCAUCGCCAUGCUAUCGGAUUGCCUCGCUCAUCAUCAUGUUCGUGUCGUUACCCCGGACAAUUUUGAUCACGACAUGUCGACUGAUCAGGUAUGGCGCACUUCUUAUUUUUAUCGGAACAGGCGUGCUGGGGCACUUGCGGUACCACAUAGUUGUAUGUAUUGCGUUUUUCAUCGUUCUAGAUUGUUGGGUGUCCAACUGGCUGCGUGCCUCUCAUGACAGCAGCGCAGUCACCAUCAUGGCAAGGAAGGUCUGCACCGCAUGCCAGAUAGCCAGCUUCAUUUCCCAGAUUUCCUGCAUGCAGUUUUACCAUCAGGUUCCGAUGGUGCGGGCGGUGUUUCUGAUGGUCGUACCGUCUUUCCUUGCUGGAUGCUCCCGGGAUGCCAAGGAGGCCUCCGUCUUGCUGUUGCUAAGCUUCGCGAUCACCGCCAGCUGCGAGUCUGAGCCAGCCUUCCUUCUCUGUGAGGUCGUGCAGUCCUCCUGGAUGAUCUUCGGCGCGUGGAAGGGGCAGAAACUCAUCCAGCAGACGCAGCAGGAGGCGACCCUCUUCUUCGUCCAGAGCUCGGAGCGCAUGAUGCAGCAGGCCCUGAAGGUGCUGCUGGACUGCACCGUGGUGAUGGAGCAGGCGACCGCCCAGAGCGCCCCGCAGACCGCCGAGCCCGGCGCCCCCGUCUCGGAGACCGCUUGCGUGCCGGUGCCCAACGAGUGGCGCGUCCUCGAGGGCAACCCCGCCGCCGACCACUUCUUCGGCCUCCCCGUGGCCGGCGUCAACCUGGGCGACCGGAUCCGCUCCCUCGCCGACCAGAGCCGCUUCGACGAGGCGCUGCGGGGCGCGGCGCAGAGCGGCGAGCACGCCCGGAUGGUCAGCAACGUGAACCUGCGGUGCUCCGCCCUGGCGGGCGCCGCCGCCUCGCUCCUCCAGCGGGGCCCCAGCGCGGGCGACCUCGGCGCCGACCAGCACUUCGUCGACUGCAACGCGGACCUCGUCGUCAUCGGCUGGCCGGACCUGCCGCAGCCCGCGGGCCUCCGGAGGCGCCGCACCGUCUUCGUCGGGGUCCGGGUCGCCGAGAAGGAGCCCCCGCAGAGCGCCGCGCCCUCCCAGAGGCAGCACCGGCACCAGCGGAGGAGCGCGCCGCUCGGCGGCGGGGUGGCCGCGCCCGCGCCGGGGCGGCCACCGGCCAAGCACGGCGCCCCCGCCGCCUGCGCCGCCGAGUUGCAGGAGUUCAGCACGGCCGCUCUGAGGCACCGGGCCCUGCCGUCCGACCACUGCGGCGAGGCUGGUCGUCAGGCCUGGCUUCGUGCGGCUCAGCAUGAGCUGUCGCGCCGUGGGGGCAAAGAAGAAAAACAAAUACGAGGAGAGGGGUAUGAGGCCGAAAGCUCCUGGAGGACGCCACGUUGCCCCAGGCGCGGCAUGAGCCGCCCUUCAGGAGGUCCUGCAGGAAUCUUGAAAACAAGCCCUUGGAUCUUUGAGUCCGACCCCUCAGGCCGAGCGGCACGAGGAGGCCUGUGACCUUGCGCCUGCGCAUGCGGCUCCCCGCCCCUUCGCACGACCAUCUCGGCACACCCUUCGCACACUUCGUGGCCUUCAC